CCACGAAAAUUAACAGGAUUUCUUUCGAAAACAAUAAUGUGAAUUGGGGAUAUAUCUGAAACUCUACAAAAAUGUCCAGUUGGAGGAUUAGAUUCCACGAUAAGUGGCCCCACAUGUCCUCCCUCUACUCCGGGGGUACAUCAAGGGAGGACGAAGAACAGAAAUAUGUGGACCCAGUGAUGGUCUUUGACAAUGUGUACGAAAACCCAGCGGAGCCCUAUGGCGCCUACAAGUUCUACAUGGCGCCAAGGGAGGAAUUCGUCAUCCAGUCCGAGCCACAUCUGUACCCCGUCCGAGCCGUUUACAAGGAGGACGACGACCGGACUUCCGGUUACGCGACCAGUGGCGGAUCCAGUACUCUGAGGGACGGAUCGUCCAAGAGAAUUCUUCUCUGUGUCUUGCUGAUCUUCUUGUUGAUUGGUGCAGUGAUUGCGGCUGUCGUUAUGGCUGUGCUGAUUUCACAUCAAAGGAGAAUAAAACCCCUUCAACCAGAAUUACAGCAGGAGGAUGUGUUGGAAUCCAAUAUACGAAUAGGCAAUCGAACUUACAUCCUGGAAUACAGUGAUCCGAAUAGCCAAGAGUACAAAUUACUCGAAACCGAAUUUUGUGAAGGAAUUGACGCAAUGUUCUACCGAAUUGAUUCUCCAUUGAAAACGGAAUACAAAGGCUGUAAAGUUUUGAGCUUCAGGAAUGGAAGUGUAAUAGCUAGGAACCUGAUGACAUUUCUACGGAAAGACAUGAAGCCGACUCAAGCGGUGAAAGAUGAGGUUUAUAACUUUCUCAAAGAGACCAUUCCAAAGAAAGGAAUAUGGAACCCACUGCUACUAAACGCAGAAUCCCUUGACAUUUACCCAGUGGAAAUGAUAAAUAUCAAGCCAGAAGUAGAUCCAAAUUAUAUAAAACCGACUGAAGAUGAUGUUUCAGAAAAAUCUAGCAUACACUUUGUCUCAGAAUACGUUAAUACCAAGGAACAUACUCCUUCCUCAUCUGUUCUGACGUUUCAAGAAUCAAAACAAACUUUUCCUGUAUCGGACAGUCGUGAUAAAGUUCAUUUAUUUUCAACCUUGGGUGAUAAGGGACAACUAUAUCCAUCACAAAGUUUACAUCAACUUACUGAAUCAUUAUCACCUGUCCAUUCAUCUAAGGUUUUAUCGCACUCAACAGACAAACUACUUCCAAGUUUGGAUUAUUCAACCGGAUUAAACCCCUCCUCCACUCUUUCCCCAGGGGCGACACAUUCAGACAUAUUCCCCCCAAACAUUCCCUUUGAUUCUGUAAGAGCUAAUAUUGAUAUGCAUUUGCAGAGCCUUUUGCAUUUCUUACCAAUGGAUCAACAAGCAGUGACAACGACACCAUCUGUCAAUCGCGUCGCCGAUAUGAAAAAUGACAUUUCAGUUCAACCUGUAAGAACGCCGUCCGAAUCUCUUCAGUUAGAUUCCACUUCUGGAAUUGAUAAUGAUUUUUUCAAUUUUUUAAAUUCUGUUCCAUCCUCACAUCAGAUGCAACCCAAAUCUUCUGUUGGAAGAGAUCAGAUGAACAUCAAUGACCUGGAUAUAUUACUUGCGACUGGCGAUUUCAACAAAGUUUUGUUCCCGACAUCGGCAUCAUCUGUUUUGGAUGAAACACAGGCGUCGAGUAAAUCGUACGGCGACUUACCCGUGUACGGAACAAGCUUAACUAAACAUUUACUGUCAAAUACAAUGGACCAACUGUCGUCAAGUUCGCUUAACUUAGAUGGAUUUAUCCUGCAAAGCUCGAACAUGGUCUUCUCGUCAGAAAGAUUUGGCCAAACAAAAUCCACGAGCGUUUUAUCCUCACUAUCGUCGUCGACACCGCCAAUCAGUUCGAUUAUAAAUGAUAUGGACAUGUUUUUCAACAAUUUACUACCCUCGAUUCCAUCGAUAAAAGAUUCUUCGAUUGUUUCUUCAGGAACGUUUGAACAAAACUCCAAUGCACAAUUAAUAACGUCUUCCAUGUCUCAAAGCGAUAGUAUGAAUUUUGAUGUUACACCAUCUGAUCUGUUUGAUUGGUCAGAUUACAUUUUUAGCGGAUUCAACCAAGUGACAACUCCACCAAGUACCUCGACGGGAUUCUCAAAUGAUCUUUUUGGAAACAUUCAAGAAUCCGUUGCAGAUGAUACGCAAUCGUUUUUUGACUUCUUUUCACACUCUUCAACAAAAGAAGAAUCGUCCAACGAUGGACUCCCAGAAAAUGUUUUAAUGAAUUCCGCACAAAGUGGAACGGCGUCUUCGUCAUCACCGACACAAGAUCUAGGAAUGAGCUCUGAUCAGUCCAUGUUUUCGUUUUUGAAUAAUGUACCUGAAGGUUCUAAUAAAGUUGUUGAAGAAUUUGACACUGCAACACACGAUUCUAUUGAUUAUGACAAUUCUUUGCUUUUCCAAACAAGAUCUGGUAACAAACAAUCUUUAAGUACUACAGAACCAUUUGAAGCAUCACAACACUUCAGCAAUUCCCUGCAACCAUCCUUAUCACGUUUUAUUACAGAAAAAAGCGAUGAACUUAGACAACAAUCAAUACAAAGCUUAGAUUCUAGCAGUGUCUUAAAGUCUCUUGCUCAUGAAAAUUUACCUUCGCCGACAGUUGAGGGUAUAAAACCCACAACCGAGGUAACCGAAAAUCAGUCGUCUCUUAAAAUCGACUUAAAUACGGACAACGUAAAAUUCGGUGGUUCCAUACAAUCAUCAGAUAUUUUUGUGCCUGCCUCCGUUAUAGAAAUGUCAAGCCUGAUGGAUGGAAUAUUGCCCACAGAAAACAAAGUCGAUGAAAUUUUACUUUCUUCAUCACAAAGGGAAAUGAUGUCAGCUCAUUUAUCUUUAAGAACAUUAGAACUAUCUUCGAGAAAUUAUUUUUCAUCCGAAAAUCUUUUCCCUAACAGUGACGGUUCGAUUUUAGAAUGGAAUAAAUCUAGUGUUAUUAACACAGACUACAUCAGCAGUUUUUCAGAAGCUUAUACAGAAAGGUUUUUGCCUCUUACCGCACUACCUGGUGAACAAAUUAUUUCAAGUGCACAAAAAAUAAUUGAUUCUACAAUGAAGGAUGCUUUCUCCAUCUCCGACAAAAAGAUUUUACCAACGAUGUUUAGUGCAAACGAAAUAUAUUUCACUACAAAAGGAGAGACAAUGUCACUCGAUUAUUUUAAUUCAGUAGAUGAAAGUUCAGCUCAUAACUUAAUGAUACAAUCAUCAUUUUUACGGCCAGCUUCAUUAUCCAAGAGCGAAAAAUAUGCUUUCAGUGUAAAUAGUUUGCGUGAUACUUCAACUGACGACGUAAAUAGCAUUUGGGGAAGUUCUAUUUUUCCUCUUCUUGUUCAGCCAACAAAAACUUUGACUCUUCCAUUAUCUAUGGAAGCUUCUUUGAAUGAAAGUUUAGAACCAAUAACGCUAAACUCACAAAUAAAUACAACUGAUCGCCAAACAGCUUCAAGAGAGCAGACUAAUGCAAGGUCUUCCAUCACAAAUGAACCAGCGUUGUUUUCAAGUUUGAAGGAGGACUCAAUUCAAGAAACCCGUUUGCAGUUUAAUACCGACGAAUUUAUCAACCCCACAUCCGCAUCAGUAUACAUUCAAUCAUCUCUUAGCGAAAAAGAAGGAGAUUCCGAUAUGCUACUUUCCACAUCAGGCACAUUACAAUUGACACAGUCUUUUGUCGACUCGGUAAUAGUCACACAGAAAACACUAGAAAAACAAAGUUCUUUAAGUUUCGAAAAUGUGAUGACAACGUCUCCAUUUGACACAAGCAUAAACAAGGCUUCACUGAAUACUUAUACGGAAAUUGAGACGAUGGCAUUUUCCAGUGGGUAUAUUUCAUCCUCAGAAAAGGCGAUGACGUCAAUGCUAAAUCCUUUGCUAAACCCAGAAAGUGUUGUUCCAAGCAGCGACAUUAUGUCAUUUAAUUCGAUCGAUAACUCUGUUCCUCACCUAGAGCAUGAACGUUUGGCAGAAACCAGUCUAAUUCAGCCUUCAGAGAAGUCUCUGUCAUCUAGUUUGAGAUUCAGUUCGCCAGAUGUAUUGGAUUUCAGCAUAAAUGACAUGGUUUCAGAAGUAGCGUCUACGUCAAUGUUUAGUUCAGACCCAGUAACACAGCAUAUUAGUGUCAAAAGUCAAAUAAGUCCAUCAGAAGAGAAUCUUAUCAAAAACGUAACAUCCAAAGAGCAUAUUCCAACAGAAACAUUAAUGUUUUCUAAAGAAAUGACACCUUCGGUUGAGGCUUUGGAAUCUCUCGCGACAUUUACGUCAUUCAGCGACGACUCUUUUAUGAAAUCAAUGGCAGUACUUGACUCUCAAAGUAACAUUUUGCAGAAUGAUAUCACAAGCUUACCAAAGCACGAAAUCAAAAAUUCAAAUAUCGAUAUAGCACUGCCAUCUUUAAAAUCUCAAACUACAGAUAUAGAAACGUCUAUCCACAGUUAUGUAAUGACCAACACCAGAUCAUCAAUAUCGCCAUCAGCAACAGAUAUAGAGUACGAAAGUGUCAUGAGUGAUGGAAUCCUUUCCAAAAACAUGUUUUAUACAACAAUCAAAAGUGAUUCUUUACAGAUAAACGAUCUAACAAAUACCUUUAUGCCAACAGAAACACUUGCUUUUCAAGUAGAAACAACGUUUACUGAUAUUACAGAUUCAAAAAGUAUUUCAAAAGACGCACCGUUAUCAUCAUUUACGAAAAUAAAGAGCUCAGAUGAUUUCUUACCGGUUCAGACCAUAAGCAGUCCGACUCAGACCAUAAGCAUUGAAGCUGUAUUAGCCGAUUUCAAAUCAUCGCCUUCUAUAAACAAGGAAACUGCAGCUUUAAGCAAUCACUUCGAAAACUUUGAUCAUUUACAAGCAAGUCUUGACAUUACUCCAAGCCAGUCUUACAAACAAAAUGGUCACACAACAGUCAUCUCCGAUUCUCUUCCGAUGUUUGAUCAAACGACAAGCAUGUCUUUGAAUAAUCAAGAUCAAGGACUUUCCUCUGCGCUAAGAUUGUCCAAAAUGACUGAAGUUGUCGACUCUAAGACGAUUUUGCUAGAUACAAACUCUGAAAUCAUGCUCCAAUCAUCUUUAAGCUCUAAAAUGAAAUCUUUAUCUCUUAAUAUUGAAAAGCAAUUGGAGAGCAUGACAUCAACCAUGCAGCCUAUGUCGGAACGGUUCAUAAAAUCACAUUCCACAUCAACUGUGGAAUCACAACAACUUGAAGUUGUGAAUACAUUUUACAAUUCCGAUAUAACAGACACAUCUUUCAAACUAUUUCCUGAUUCUUCUUUUACGGGAAUAAUACAAAGCAGUUCAAUGGUGUGGUCCGAAAAAGUUGCCAUGGAUUCCUCUGAUAUGUCUUCCACACUUUCUGACUUGGAGAUAGUUAAUUCUCUUAAACCAACAAAAACGGAAUACAUUUCAGCAUCUUCUGCAACAGCGCCCUUGUCAAACACAGCUGAUCAAGAAAUUAUGACAAAUCCUCUAUUGGACCAAAGUACACUUAUUAUGGAUUUAUCUAGUGCUAUUAAAUCCUCCAAAGAUACUAAAGACAUUUUUGAGGUAUUUUCAUCAAGUCAAUCGACAAUGAAAUUAUCAACAAGUGGCAUUAUUGAAACUUCAGUGAUGAAACAAAUAGACGAAAUUACUUCUGAAAUAAAGCAAACACCAUUGCAUGGUCAAAUAAUCACUACUAAUGAAUUCAAUUCACAAAACUUGGGAUUAAGUAAAAUAGAGACAGUGCAGGACGACAGAUUGUCGACUGAUGCGCUGACUAUGUUGAAUGAUGGAACUGUAUUUUCCAAUAUGAUGUCAUCUGAAUUAAUAACGAUCGAACACAGUAUCCAAACAGUAUCGACUGAGCCAUUAACCUCGGGAGUAUAUAACACACCCCAUAUAGGCAUUCUAUCUCGUGCCUAUUCUGAGACAAAUUUUGUUCCUGGUUUACUUACCAGUAGCAUGAUGUAUAGUGAGAACUUGCCGUUAGCAAGUAAUUCAUUUGCACGAGGUAAAGACACUGAUACAGAAAUGCUUGUUUUCAACACGUUUAAUGAUUUGCCUAUCGCCAGCAAAUUUCAAAGCGAAACAAUAAUGCAGGGAAACGAUAUGAGCUCGAACAAAAAUAAUUUAGAUUUAUCACUAUCUUCUAUGUUGCACAAAGAACAAUUAAGCAGUUUAAGAAAUUUGCAGCCGUCAAUGACCCAGUUAAACGAUGUCAGUACGUUUGUGUCUAAUUUUGACAAUUUUGAAAUCAUGAGUGAAGGAACAUCUUAUGUUGAGAGUACGAGAAGUUUGCUUGACAGCCCUCCUACUGAAGAUUUGAAAAGUGCCCGUGUUGAGUUAAGAACGGUUAUUGAAAACGUUCAAGGAUCUCAAAUAAUAUCUUCUCAAAAUGAUGCACUUACUGCUAGUAUACUGGUACCAACAGAAUCACUGAAUGCAGUUUUUGAACCUUUACUAACGAGUUUACCUUAUUCGGACAAACAAGUCACAGAUACCUUGUCCAGUCAUAUGCAAACAGUUUCUUUUAAAUUUAGUGAUAGUUCCAACACUUUGCUUUAUUCUCUUAACUCGGACAAGCUUAACAUAAAGUCCUCGUUUAGCACCAUUCAAACUAUUUCUCAAGGGCCUAUGGUUGAGGGCAACACUUUCAGCGUUGAUACAGUUUUACAAUCCUUAUACAAAGGUUCAAGCGCAAUUGAGGACUUCGGAAUGGAGAUUAAUAGUGAAUCAAGAAAACCUAUCAAUCUUUCCACAGACGAUCUUGCAACGCCUGGCUUAUCAUCAGCAGUGCUUCCCAAUAUAGAUACACAAAGCAUUGAUACAGUUUUACAAUCCUUAUACAAAGGUUCAAGUACAAUAGAAAACUUUGGAAUGGAGAUUAAUAGUGAAUCACCAAAACCUUUCUAUUUAACUUCAAAAGUACCAACACCUAUUGGCUUCUCAUCAUCAUUUCCAAAUACGGAUACGCAAAGGUUGUUGAAGCAAACAGAACUACAACCAGAAUUCCUUCUAACUAGUGCAAGUGUUGAUGUUCUAAGUGGAAUAUCAGAGCCUACAAAUAGUGUAUUAUAUAUGUCAAGUUCAUUAGUGGAUGGACCACCAGCAUUCAGUUCGGAAGUAAAGAUGUUCAGUGGUGAAACCCUUCAACCUUUGUCCAUUUCCCCCUCUUCUCCUAUUCCUGAUCAGCAUAUACCUUCAGUCUCUAACAUUAACCAAUUCACCUCUCCCACAUCAAUUGAUAUUUCACUAACGAAAACUUUUGAUACUGAUAAACUAACAAGUGAUUCGAUCGUUUCUUCCCCGUUUACUGGUAUAAUUGCCAAUUCCUUUGUACCUACAAAUCCACUUACUUUCAUCUCCCCCUUUGAAGACGUGUUAUCACCGAUGCAGACAUUGGUUUUGGAAUCAUCAUUAGCGAUUUCCCAAGAUACAUUUUCAAAUAUUUUAAGGAAUUAUUCAUCAUCCGAAAUAGUGAAAAACAAUGUAAUUUUAAAUUCUCAAAUUACAGAAACCGUUAUUAAUACAGUUAACCUAAAUGACAAUCUUAUAACAAAAUCAAGCAAUUUUUUUCCUAGUACAGAUUUCUUAACAAAUAUAACCUAUUCUGUUAAUAAUAUUGAUGAGCACAUUUUGGACUCUUCAGUUGUAGACUAUCAAUUUUCUGCUAUAUCCAGUAACACAGUGAUAGAUUCAAAUACGUUAGAUAUUUUAUCUUACUCUUCGAUGAAUGAAACUACGACUGUAAACAAAACACCACUUUCCUUAUUCAGUUCCAAAUCGCAGUUAAUUGCCCCUAUUUCACAUACUCCUGAAUUAUUUCAGCAUAAAACGAACUCCAUUACACUGACUCAACACCCUUUUACCAAUAUUAUAUCAGAUUCAAUGAUUACAGUUUCAACUCAUCAUAGCCAAGCAUACCAAUCAGAGUUAAGUUCAUUUCAGUUCCUCUCAUAUUUAGAGAACACAACUGCAACUAAUAUGAUCAAUAACGUUUUGAAUAAUGCCACAAUGACAGGACUUGAUCCGUCGUAUGGAACACCCAUAGUCGUAGAAACUUCAUCAAUAUUCCUAGACAUAAAUCAGACAUUGUUGUUCAAAGGUUCCCUUUCCGAAACUAUGUCUUUAAGUACUCUUAUUGACAAUGUUACCGAUUCCCUAGGAGACGGUCACUUAUUCGAGACGAUUUCGCAAACGUUAGAUUUAAGCACGAUUUCAAGAAUGUCUACAAGUACUAUAUCUCAAGCUCAGUCAGACUCAAUUUUUGCCUCUUUGCCAUUAGUUGAUAAUAACACCCCGGAUCCACUUGUCAAAACAACUCCUUAUGAUGUGCAUAGUGAUCCCCUUUUAAUAAUAGACGAAGGGGCUGAGCAAUCUCUAAACCUCGGUCCUCAAGUUUUAAACCCAAACACAACAGAUUCAUCAAUAAAUUUAACACUGUAUUUUGUUGAUUCUGAUGUUAUUUUUUCGUCCUUUGAUCCUUUUACUAAUUUGAAUAUGCAUGAGUAUGUUUCCAAAAGCAGCACACAAGAAUCCUUACAGAUGAUUGAGUUCACCAAUGAUAAAAUGUUCUUUGACUCAGAUACAGAUAUGUAUGAUAUAGCAAGUAAAACAUCUUCUGAUAAAAUAGAAACAAAACCAGUUAACGAUUCUUAUGUGCUGUUUGAAAGGUUAUCCUAUGAAAAAUUCCCGAUCAUGAAAAUCAAUAAAAGUGAUACAUUUCUGGGGGAUCGUGGUGUCCUGACCAUAACAGACGCACCGUCAAGUGAGUCCUCAGUUGACACAUUCCUGUUUACGGCGGCAAAUGACUACGAUUAUUACGCCACCGACCUUGACUUUGUAACCGAUUAUGCUGAUUUCACAGCAUCAAGUUCAAAAGAAUCGUCAAUCACUACAGAAUCGGUUAAAGAGACAGUUGUACCGUCCUCUCAGAAAUAUCCCAAAAUUGACAUCUUGCCAACUCCAGUCAUAACAGACACAGAGAAACCUAUGACGUCCUCAGAUUCAGAUAUUGAAAUGGGUAUGGAUAUGGAUUAUUACGAUCCAUUUGCUGCGUUUUUCGGGGGUGGGGAUGGGGGACCUGCCAUACCCCAGUGGGUCAUCGAUAUGUUAGGCACUGUGCACGACUCUCCAUCAUCAUCAGCUAAGCAUUAUUUUAGACAUUAA